AUGGACCUGCCAACGCGGUUUAUAAAUAAAAAUAAAACUAACGCAGAUAAACAACGCAAAUUUCAUCAAAUUCAGUAAAUAAUACAAAUAAAGCUUUCCUAUCAAAUCAGCUAUGGACACAACCAAAUCUGCUGCGGAGAAGCUGGCGGAGCGAAAGGCGCGCCUGCUGGACCUGCACAAAAAGCGCCAAGAAGCACGAACGGACAACCACCAGGAAGUAGUGGCAGAAGACGCCCGCAAGAAGCUGCCGAAGAACUGGGAGGCCCGCAAGCGCCAGGCCGAGUGGAUUCUAGCAGAUGACAAAGCGCGCGCCGAUGCACAGGCGGCUGGCAAGGACUAUGAGCGCCUCAAGCUCCUCGAGGUGUCUGCUGUGGACGCCGAACGCAUCGAGAAAAAAAAGAAACGCAAGGACAACCCAGAUCUUGGUUUUUCCACCUACGAGGCCCAGACAGCCAGGCAAUACACCAGAUUGGUCAAAUCAAUGCCACCCCGCGAUAUGGAAAAGUAUGAGAGGCAGAAGGAGGAACUGGGCGAUGCCUUCUACGGCGGUCCGCACACAACUUUGCAUGCCCGGACAAAAGACACGCCGGGCGCCAUCAACAAAAUGGUUAACGACCUGGAGCAGCAGAUAGAGCGCCGCAAGAAGUACUCUCGCAGGCGCAUCUACAACGACGAUGCGGACGUGGACUUCAUCAACGAACGCAACUCCAAGUUUAACAAGAAGCUGGAUCGCUUUUACGGCGAGCACACGGCAGAGAUCAAGCAGAACCUGGAGCGCGGAACCGCAAUUUAAAUUUAGUUUUUAUAUAUUUUUAAUUUAAGACCUUAAAGCGUACCUAUUCUUUUGUAUAUUAAACACGAGUUGGCAGCCCUGCUUCUCGGAGCU